UUGUUCGCUGGAUGCGGGCCGCUUCUAAUAACUCAAUCUGGAAAUCUUUGGGGUAGGCCCAUGUUCAAAAGUGGACAUCCUGCGGCUGAUGAUGAUGGAAUAAAUUAGUCGACUAAUCUGUACUGUCGUUUGUAUAACGGCACGUGCCAUGAGUAGUACGCUCGGACCGAAAACUCAAAUUAGGUGAUGAUAAUAAUUGUUAGGCAGAUUAUGCUAAUACGCUAUCGAGAUAUGGGUAAUAAUGUGUCACAAUGAUAUUUAAAAAAUGUGUAUAUUUUCAUAUUUUUUUUUUGUUUCAAUCCAAUUGUGGGUACAGUGCCUGCGAAGUUGGUGCCGUCUCCGAACACUACAAGAUGCUGACAUCAAAAUUUAUAAUUUUGGCGCUGGCAUGCGUUCUAUCCAACGCCGUCUCCUUCGACCCGCCGGUGAUGCGGACAGCGUCUACCAUCUUCGGUGAUGAAAAACUCAAAGGAGAGAUUUUCGAGAAUAUCGAUGAACAAGAAGUCGCGAUGACGUCAGGUGUGACACGUAAUUCUGCCUAUCGUCUACCUACCACCACAAGACCUUCGCGGUACAAUGUUCAUUGGACCAUAGAUAUGUCCAGAAGGACAUACACCGGUAAUGUGGCAAUCCAGCUCUUCGCUACACAGUCUGGCGUCAACGAAAUUGUCAUCCAUUCUGACCACGUGACAAUCCAAUCCGUGGUCCUGCAGCAAGGAUCCGCCAUCAUUCCUCAAACCUACAGCCUGGAUCAGCAGUACCAGUUCUUGAGAGUUCGCUUGACCAGCGGCACUUUGAAUUACAAUCCUUCGACCCCUGUUAUCUACACUCUGACCAUCAACUUUGGUGCCGCUAUGCGCACUGACAUGUAUGGUAUUUACGAGAGUUGGUACAGGAACAACCCUAACAGCGAAACAGUCAGUUGGAUGGCUACCACCCAGUUUCAAGCGACGUCUGCGCGCUACGCCUUCCCUUGCUACGACGAACCCAGUUUCAAGGCCAAUUUCGACAUAACCAUCACUCGACCUAAUAAUUUCAGAAGCUGGUCCUGUACCAGGAUUAAGGAGACCAGAGCCUCUAGUGUCUUGAACUUCCAGGAUGAUAUCUACCACACGACGCCCUACAUGUCAACUUACCUCAUCGCUCUGAUCGUUGCGGAGUACGAUUCGCUAGAAUUAAGACAAAACAAUGUCGUCAUGUAUGAGGUUAUUGCCCGACCUGGCGCACUUUCUGCUGGUCAGGGUCAAUACGCUUUCGACGUCGGUCAAGAGCUUCUCGCUGAGAUGAGUAAGCACACAGCCAUGGACUUCUAUACCAUGGAUCCCAAUCUUAAGAUGACUCAAGCCUCCAUCCCUGACUUCUCAGCUGGUGCUAUGGAAAACUGGGGUCUUCUUACGUACAGAGAAGCAUACCUGAUGUACGAUGCGAAUCACACAAGCAGUUAUUACAAACAGGUGAUCGCUUACAUACUAUCCCACGAGAUCGCCCACAUGUGGUUCGGAAACCUCGUCACUUGCGAAUGGUGGGACGUGCUUUGGCUCAACGAAGGCUUUGCCAGAUACUACCAGUACUUCCUCACUGAUUGGGUGGAAACCUACAUGGGCUUAGGAGAACGUUUCAUCACCGAACAACUCCAAGCUUCCUUACUUAGUGAUUCCGCCAACAACCCUCACCCCCUCUCGACCUCUGGUAUCAACACUCCAGCGCAAGUCAGCGGGAUGUUUUCUACCAUCUCGUACAACAAAGGCGCUUCUAUCAUUAGAAUGACUGAGCACCUCCUCGGCUUUGAUGUUCACAGACAAGGACUUAGGAACUAUUUGGUCGAAAGGGCCUUUAAUAUUGUUUCCCCGAUCGACCUCUUCCAAUCUCUGGAGAGAGCUGCCAACGCAACCGGAGCAAUAUCUGAAUAUGGACAAGACUUCAAUUUCAUCGAAUACUACAGAAGUUGGACAGAGCAAAGUGGUCAUCCAGUGCUUAACGUCGAUGUUAAUCAUCAAACCGGUCAAAUGACUGUCUAUCAGCGCCGCUUCAACAUUAACAGCGGGUACUCUAAUGUUAACACUAACUACAUCGUGCCGAUAUCUUUCGCGACCGCCAGCAACCCCGACUUCGCUAACACUAAGCCCACGCACAUCUUGUCGAAAGCUGUGCAGAUUAUCAACCGCGGUUCCGUCGGUGAUGAAUGGGUUAUUUUCAACAAACAGCAGACAGGUUUCUACCGCGUCAACUAUGAUGAUUAUACUUGGAAUCUCAUUGUUUUGGCUCUUCGAGGUGCACAGAGGACUCAAAUCCACGAGUACAACAGAGCCCAGAUCGUGAAUGAUGUCUUUCAAUUCGCUCGCUCCGGGAUCAUGACCUAUAAUAGAGCAUUCAACAUCCUCUCGUUCUUGGAGAACGAGACUGCCUAACCAUGGGUUGCCGCGGUAACUGGAUUUAACUGGAUCAGAAAUCGUCUCGCCGGAACCCCUGAAUUGACUCGUCUUCAUAAUAUGAUCGCCCAAUGGGCAUCAAGGGUCAUGUCGGAGCUGACCUACUACCCGGUCCCGAAUGAGAGCUUCAUGAGGUCGUACCUCAGGUACCAGCUGGCCCCACUGAUGUGUAAUGUCAACGUCGCCGCGUGUCGUACAGCUGCCACCGCGCAGUUCCAAGCUCUACGCAACAACGCAGUCGAAGUACCAGUAGACAGCCGCAACUGGGUAUACUGCAACGCUCUCCGCCAAGGCACCACCGCAGACUACGACUUCUUGUACAACCGGUUCCUGAACCACAACGUCUACACAGAGAAGAUACAGAUCCUCUUGGUGCUGGGUUGCACUCCUCAUCAAACCUCUUUGAAUUCGUUCCUCAACAACAUCGUUUUGAGGAACACCAUCAUUCGUCCUCAAGACUACACCAAUGCCUUCAAUGGAGCCGUCACCGGCAAUGAAGGGAACACACAAAUCGUCUUCCAAUACAUCCAGAACAACCUCGCUAGAGUCACCGAAGCUUUUGGCACGCCGAAUAUUCCCAUCUCGUACGUUUCUUCAAGACUGCGGACCGAGGCUGAAAUAAAUGCCUUCCAAGCGUGGGCAAAUCAGACUCGGACGCAGCUCGGCAACAGUUACCAAGCUGUGUACAACGGCGCCGAAUCGUCCCGCGAGAGCAUCGCUUGGGCCGCAGCUGUCCAAUCUGACAUGAACACUUACUUCACAAAUGGUAACGAGGCAAUCCAGCAGUCAACUGCUGCUCCUACCACCACCACUACAACUACGACUGUAGCACCACCGAGCAUUUCGGAGCCAGUGACCCCAGUUCUACCAGAACCUGUCCCAGAUUCGGCAGCCACCAGCUUCCUUUCUGCGAUGGUGGUACUCCUCGCGGCAGUCGCCAAUAUGGCCCUUUAAGUUGUUAUCUUAUGUGUGAUGGGCGUUCUGAAAUUGUUCAUAGAAUUGCCGAUAGCUGUUAAUAAAUUAUUUUAAUAUAUUUUUAUUUAAAA